UCACAGCCUGUGCUGGAGUGCUUUACCAGGCUACUAAUCCUCUGCAUUAAGGACUCAGGGUCUCUCUCUCUCUCUCUCUCUCUCUGUCUCUGUGUCUCUCUCUCAGGAUCAAUGAAGGCGUCCGUUCUGUGGAACGGUUACAUUGUUGCGCCUGCAUGUUUCUUCUUGUGGCUUUCAGUCUUCCGGAGACAGGAGCUGGGGAUGUGACCCCUCUCUAUGCUGGAGAUUAUCUGCUCUGCCACCAUGCAGCAGCCCGGCGGGAUCCGUGCCUCCUCUUUCUCCAAACUGCACUCCGUGAGCGCGCGCUGAACCCCGAACUCCCGGUCCUGAAGGAACGCUCGGUAUUAACGCGGAACGGCGGACAGAGACAGGUAGAGCUGUUCACUUUCUGUCCAGCAUGAACAGAGCGUCAUGUGUAAGUGUUGCCAUGGUUAUCGCCCUGCUUUGGACGAACCUCUCUGACUCCCAGUUCACACUGGACCACAAGAAGGUUGCUCCUAGACCAGUGGUCGAGCCUCGAAUUUUGGACUCUUCUGGAUCGUGGGGUUCUUGGGGUCCAUGGGGUGAAUGUUCCCGCUCCUGUGGUGGUGGGGUACAGGAACAAAGCAGGCCAUGCUUACGCAUAUCCAUCCCUCCAGCCACAGUUUAUUCCUCCAGUCAGGGUCCUCACACGGGGCACCAGGAUCCGAGUUUUGUCAUAUCAGCAUUAAGGCCCUCUGUUCCUGCGCAUCAUGGUAAUCACAGGCCUUUCCCAGAUGCUCAGAGGACACACCAUACCAGUCGUGGGGAGACAAGAAAGCAGAAGAGUGAAGCACGGCCUGGGAGGCGGCGAGGAGGCAGCACUCGGAUCAGCCCAGGGAUGUACGGUUACGGGAAGAUGCCAUAUGUGAUCUCCUCACAGAGAGAUUCUGGACAAACCAUGUACAGCCAGCGACAGCCUCGCUCACCAUCUGACUACAGAUACAACAGCUACAGACAGCAGAAGUACAGAAAUACUCAGCAAAGUCCACCUCAAAAUACCCCUCACAGUAUGAGCCAGCAGGCAUCCUGGGUUCCCCUCCACCAGCCCAGCUCGGGUCUCCAGUCUCAGGAGAAUCCACACCCUCCUGGCACACUGACAUCAGGUUUUAGCCAAGUUUCGGCUCCAGGGAGACCUCAUAACCCGUUACUGCUGCCAGCCUCGUCCUGCUCUGGAGUUGCCAGCCAGUACAAGAUGUGCAACAUGAAUUCUUGUCCCCCUGCCAGCAGGAAUAUCAGAGACAUCCAGUGUUCCUCGUAUAACAAUCACCCCUUCAUGGGCCGACUCUAUGAAUGGGAACCUUUCAACGAAGUUCCUGGAGAUCACCUGUGCGAGCUGAACUGCCGUGCGGUUGGAUAUCGUUUCUAUGUGCGCCAGUCAGCUCGGGUCAUUGACGGGACGCCAUGUGGACAGAACGAGACGGCCAUCUGCGUGGCUGGGACGUGUCAGAGUCCAGGAUGUGAUGAGCUGUUGGGUUCAGGGAAGGUGCCGGAUAAAUGUGGCGUGUGUGGCGGGGACAACACGGCAUGUCGGCUGAUUUCUGGACUGUUCCAGCACAGCCUGUCCAAAGUGGGUUACCACAAGAUCGUAGAGAUCCCACAGGGAGCCACCAAAAUCAACAUCACUGAGAUGGUCAAGAGCCAAAACUACCUCGCUUUGCGGAGUCGCUCUGGACGUUCCAUUAUUAAUGGAAACUGGGCCAUUGACCGACCUGGAAAGUACGAAGGAGGAGGGACGAUGUUCACUUACAGACGGCCCAAUGAGAUCAGCAGCACUGCUGGAGAGUCCUUUCUAGCAGAAGGACCAACCAAUGAGAUCCUGGAUGUCUAUAUGAUCUACCAGCAGCCCAAUCCUAGAGUGCACUACGAGUACGUCCUUCCGUCUGAGAACUCCGUCAGCACGGCUCCGAACACAGAGGAGGGUAACACAGUGACUGGUGGGGCAGGAUACGAUCAGUACGGCAGAAGGCCGUCUCAGGAAGGACAUGAAGGGACAGGUGGGCACAGGAACCUACCUCACAUUCCUGAAAACCAGGUACCACCUCGCAGGCACAGAGAACACAACUGGAAACUCACGGGCACGACAGACUGCAGCGCCUCCUGUGGCAGAGGAAUCAGGUACACUGUGUUCGGCUGUGUCCAUCGAGUGACUCACGAGCAUGUGUCCGAUAGUCAGUGUGACAGCACGACUAAACCCAGCACACAGGAGGAGCCCUGCAACGUCCAGCCAUGUCCUGCAUUUUGGGAUAUUGGUGAGUGGUCGGAGUGCAGUAAGACAUGUGGCCUCGGCAUGCAGCACCGGCAGAUUCUGUGCCGACAGUUUUAUGCCAACCGCACCCUCAACGUGCCCGCCAAACGCUGUGAACACCUGGAACGGCCUGAAAGCAGCAGCACCUGUCAGCUGAAGAUCUGCAGCGAGUGGCAGAUUCACUCUGAGUGGAGCUCUUGCUCCAUGCCCUGCGGUGUCGGUCAGAGAACACGUGAAGUGCACUGCAUCAGUAACGUCGGUGAUAUUGUUGAGGAUGAAGAGUGCAACAUGAAUCUUCGUCCCCGUGACAUUGAGAACUGUGACAUGGGGCCGUGUGCUAAGAGCUGGUUCUACACACACUGGGGUGAGCAGUGCUCUGCAGAGUGUGGCUUUGGCGUGCGAAGCCGCAGUGUUGUGUGUCUCUUGAACCUGGUGAGCAGUGUGCCUCUGGAGGGCUGUGGUACAGAGCGCCCCCCUCAGGCUCAACCGUGUAACAACGGGCCGUGUGAGAGCCGCACAGAAUGGUUCACUGGACCCUGGGGACAGUGCUCGGCAGAGUGUGGAACAGGCAGCCAGCAGAGGACAGUGGUGUGUAUGAUGAAGGCUGAUGACAGCUAUGCAGUGAUGCCGCUCUAUGAAUGCUCUUCUCUGGAUAAACCACUCAGCCAGCAAAGCUGCACUGUCAAGGCCUGUGGAGCCAAGUGGUACUACACUGACUGGAGUGCAUGUUCAAAGACAUGUGAGGGGGGAUUCCGUGUCCGAGAGGUGCGCUGUCUCUCUGACGAUAUGAUGCCAAGCGAAGGAUGUGAAGAACGGCUGAAACCAGAGGACAAAGAGGAGUGCAACCCCGAAGUGUGUGUUCCACAGAUUGAUGAAAAGUGUAAAGACAAAUAUUUCAACUGCAACGUGGUGGUCCAGGCCCGCCUGUGUGUGUACGAUUACUAUAAGAAGGCGUGCUGUGCGUCAUGUGCGCGUGUGGCGCAGAGACAGUCGACACACAGGAGCUACAGAUAGGAAGGACAGACCCGAUGGUGACGUCACCCACGUUGUGUCCUUCACCGGCAGGUGCUAUGAGCAGAUGCUGCUUGCUGCAAGACGCUCUGCUUUAAGUGCUGUGACUGCAGGAGGAAAGAAGGAAAGCAAAAAAGCAGCAAUGUGACGCUCUUAAGAAACGGUCUAGAGCCUUGAAAGCACUUUGGUCAUCACUUGACCGAUCUGGAGAUACAGAAAAACAGCAUACGUUAUUUCUCAUCGAUUUAUUUAUAUGUGUAAGAGGACAAUGAUUAUAGCGUGCCAAAUACACUCCUCAAUCACAUGGUGCUUCGUCAUUAACUCAAGCUGAAGAAUCGGACAGAUUCGUAUGGAAUUAUACAUAUAGUGUGUGUAUAAUAGCCUAUUUAAUGUAAAAUCAUUUACAGCUGAUAAUGUAAUUCAGUCACUAUGCAGCAAAAGGACAAGAGACUGAGUGACUCCAGUAUCUGUGAAUCUCGCACAGUAUUUCACAAUCAGAACUGGUCCUGCACAUCCAGCGUAGACACGUCACACACUACAUUUUUUUUUUUUUUUUUUUUUUUUACUUUAUACGUUUUCCACAUCAGCCCAGCUUUAGAUUAUAAUGCUUAUCCUGUUCCUAAUAAAGCAACUCCAUUCACAUCUGAGCAAGCUUCCUGAAGAACGUCUCAGAAACAAGGUCCACUUUGGACAAUCACAAGCUCUGUUUGAACCAGGAUGAAGCUCUCUUGUCUAAGAAGGUGAUUAAGGAUGAACAUGGUGGGGAUGGGUGGGAUGGUGGAUGGGAAUUUAUUAUGGCGGUUUAAAAAAAAAAAAAGCAAUUUGUCAUCGAUAUCCAAAGAAAUCUCAAUAGUGUCCUGGAUCUCAAAAAUAUUUCUCAAACCCAGGUUUAUACCACGCUGAAGGAAGCUUGCUUUGUUUGUAUUUAUUAUCACACAGUACUGUUGAAUUCUGGAUUCUGAUUGGUCCGAAGGCGGUGUUGAUUAAUUUUCUGUAACAGCAGCUCUGAUAGUAGUUCCAGCUGCAGAUCACAGGUUUAUAUUAAAGUGUUUAUUCUAAUACGUUAUAAUUUCGGGAAUAAUUGUGUAAUUGUUGAUAUGGUGAUGCUUUGAGUGAGGAGACUUUAUUUAACGUUUUAAGGAAGGAGUCUCUAGGGUCAGUGUUUCAUAACAGUCAAAUGGAAAGAUGUAACUUUUAUUAACACAGAGAGAGAGAGAGAGAGAGA